GGCCGCGCUCAAAGGAAAGGCUCUGCCGCCGCUCUUCGCGGUUCCUGCCGGAGAGGAGAGGCAAGGCAGCGCUGAUGGCGACGUCUUUAGGAUCAAACACGUACAACCGACAGAACUGGGAGGACUCGGUACGACUGAGCGGGGCCGCUUCCGCUCACGGCCGGCCGGCUCGCCUGCUCUGCCGCUGCGGUCGUUGUGUGGUUGUUGGGUUAAACGGACUGGCUCCACAGCCGCAUGCUGUAAUUAGCUUAGCUAGACCGUUCCGGUCCACCUUAAAUACCCCACACUUACAUUCUGGCGUCGUUACGGAGCCAGCUGUCCAAGCUUUUAAGGUGGAACGGGAAAGUGGACGAAGAAGCUAACUUCGGCUUUAUGCUGUGUAGCUAGUUGACGUUAGACGGUUACCUACGGAAGCCACGCGCCGAUUUACGCUGUCAGCGUUUCUCAGUAAAGUGCGUAACCGUGCCCGGAGUUUAGUGGCGUAGCGCCAGGUUCCCUGAGAUACCGCGGUACUGUGGACGCUGCAGGACGCUGCCGAGCGGGGUUAGCUGCCGUGGUCGGACGCCGGCGCCGUGGUUGAACACUUCGGUGUUCUUGUGACCAGCUGUUGGAGAUGCUGCGCUCCUAAAAGGACUUCCCUAUUCUCUGCCAAACAUGUUUAGGGGAAAAUCCUUACAUUCGCAUGACUAAAGAGAAGUAUGGCAAAGAAUGUAAGAUAUGUGCUCGGCCCUUCACUGUGUUCCGCUGGUGUCCUGGUGUGCGCAUGCGCUUUAAGAAGACAGAGGUGUGUCAGACGUGCAGUAAGAUGAAGAACGUGUGUCAGACCUGCUUGCUGGAUCUGGAGUACGGCCUUCCCAUCCAGGUGAGGGAUGCUGGACUGUCAAUCAAAGAUGACAUGCCAAAAUCAGACGUCAAUAAGGAAUAUUACACGCAGAACAUGGAAAGAGAGAUCCAGAACUCGGAUGGCACACGGCCGGUGGGUUUGCUGGGCAAAGCGCCCAGCUCAAGCGACAUGCUGCUGAAGCUGGCUCGCACCACCCCCUACUACAAGAGAAACCGCCCCCACAUCUGCUCUUUCUGGGUUAAGGGCGAGUGUAAGAGAGGAGAGGAGUGUCCGUACAGGCAUGAGAAACCCACGGACCCUGACGAUCCACUGGCAGAUCAGAACAUUAAAGACCGUUACUAUGGCAUUAAUGACCCAGUGGCUGAUAAACUGCUGAAGAGAGCCUCCACCAUGCCAAGACUCGACCCACCCGAGGACAAAACCAUCACCACCCUCUACAUAGGGGGGUUGGGUGAUACCAUCACAGACUCUGAGCUCAGGAAUCAUUUUUACCAGUUUGGGGAGAUCCGCACCAUUACUCUAGUGCAGAGACAGCAGUGCGCGUUUAUUCAGUUUGCUAUGAGGCAGGCAGCUGAGCUUGCUGCUGAGAAAUCCUUCAACAAGCUCAUCAUCAGUGGCCGCAGACUCACUGUCAAGUGGGGCCGCUCACAGGCAGCCAAGGGCAAAGAGACUAAAGAUGGCUACAGUGAAAUGGGCACCAGACUGGAGCCUGUGCCUGGUCUGCCUGCAGCUUUGCCCCCACCCCCAGCUUUGGAGGAUGAGACCCCAGCUAACUACUUUAACCUGGACCCCAGCAACUCUCCUGCAGUGCUGAACCUCAACCUGCCCCCUCCCCCUGGUCUCCCCAACCCACCACCACCAGGUUUUGGGCCACCAAUGUUCCAUCCAAUGGGCCCUCCGCCACCUCCUCCUAUGGGCUUGAGACCACCAGGACACAUCCACUACCCGUCCCAGGACCCCCAGAGAAUGGGCGCUCACGCCGCCACACGCCACGGAGACUAGAGGCUUGACCUCUCGUGGAUUCUGUGCCAGUUAGCUGUGGGCUGCGGGAGUGACAGUGCACCAGCUGAGACUGCAGUACUGUUGAGCUUCUCUUCCUGUGAAUGACUGAUUUUUGAUGAAGGGCCAGCGUGACCUCAUGCAGAACACAACCUUGUUUCGCUGUUGAUGGCUUCACUUUACUGGCUCACAAUUACAUUCACACUGACCCUUCAGAAACGCCUAUGGCGGGAGCAGCUAGGGUAGAAGCGCUGUCAGGUUGUGCUAACAGGACUUUCUUCCAGACCAGAAGUUGUAACAGGGUGUAGUGCUCAUUAGCCCAACAACACAAUUAACUCCAAGUGUCAAUUAAAACAGAUAUUAAAUAAAACCUAAAGUGAAGAACUGAA